AUGAAUUUAACUGAAUAUUACCUUAGCAUUUACCCGACAAAAUGCCCAGCCGACACUAGAUUUCUUGCUUCUAAAGAGGAUUUGAUAUUAACUUCCCGUACUAUUGGUGUGGUAUUUUUACCAAUUCAUAUUCUAACAAGCUGCUGUAUUUUGAAGAAGACUGUAUGAGCUCCGUGAAGUUUGGCCUGGCAAAUUUAAGCUUUUGGCUUCUCCUAUCCCACGUUAUUUUUUCUUUUUUUAUGACGCCACUCUUUUUUCUACCGUUAAUGGGGGGAACUUGCGUUGGUCUUGCCACAGAUUUAGGUGUCCCACCAAUCUUUCAAUUCUAUAUUAUUUCCGGUCUAACUAGUGCCAUGUCAAUUUCAAUUGUUAUGCAAUUUGAAAACCGGAGCAGCUUGAUUUUAAAGAAUCGUUUUCGGAUUAACGGGACCCGGCAUCGAGCGUACUGGUUUUUCGGUAACUUCUUUGCAUUUAUGCUUCCGUCAACUUUAUAUUUCCUGAAUCUCCCGGAUCCGGAUCAAGCAAGAAUUGAUAUGCUGAAGACUCUUCCGUGUCCAACAAAAGAGUUUUUCACCGAGCCCUUCUUUGUGCUCUCCGUACCCGGAUUCUGGGAAGACUACCUACUUACCGCCGCUUCGUUAUUAAAUUUGGGAUUUAUUGUUCAAAUUUUGCUGUUCUCCUCUUGCUGUAUUUAUUACCUAUUCAUCGACAAAAGCUCAUUUGCAUCGCCGGAAACCCAAAAAGCUCAGGCUCGAUCGUUUAUCGGAAUUGUCCUGCAAACCUAUUCGCCUAUACUUUUAGUGGGUUUGACUUUAGUAGCGUCUUGGAGAAGGGUCGGAAUUUACGAUCAAGUUGUCAACAAUUUCUCAUAUAUUUUUUUGGAUUUUCACAGUGGUACCGCAAGCUUGUCGAUUCUUUUUGUGCAACAUCCUUAUCGGAAAUUUUUGAUCUCUUUUUUUUGCAAGAAAAAACAAAUCGAUCCGGUGAUUGUGGUGUCUAAGUUUUCUGUUUCAUCUUGA